AUGGCGUCACCGGCUCCGGAAGCUCACGCAGGAGAUGUGAAGAACGCAACUCAGGAGCGCUCCCAAUUAGACCUUCCAGAAAGCAAAAGCACAUCUGACGCAGAUCCUGCUGCUGACGACGACGAGAGCGCGGGUGGCGCAAAGACGACAGCUUCUCCCGCUAAGGAUGAUGAUGCAGUGGACCACAAAGCCGCCACAACAAAGGAGGAUCUUGAAGAUGGCGAGCUAGAAUCCACGGCGCCCCCGCUGCCUGACGAGCCGACACCCGGCGGCCCCCCGCUGCCGAGCGAGCCCGUGCCCCAGGACGACGGCUGGGACUGCCAAUUUGACGCGCGCACGCAGGCGUGGUUCUUCUACAACCGCUUCACCGGCAAGACGCAAUGGGAAAACCCCCGCGUGCCAGCAGUCGCCGCCUCCGUAGCACCCGGUACGACCGCCGCCGCCGCCGCCGCGAUGCUACCACAGCCCCCGAUCCACGAGAAACCGGCCGCCGGCGGCUACAACCCGGCCAUCCACGGCGACUACGACCCCAAUGCAUGGUACGCCCAGGGCGCGCAGGAAGCAGAGGACGGUAUUGACGCACAAGCGAAUGGCAUCUCGGGAGCGGCGGCGGCAGCUGAACUGUACGCCGCAACGGCAACGUUUAACCGCUACAGCGGCGGCUUCCAGUCCGAGGACAUGGGACCCGGGCGGCACAGCGACGAAGCCAAGGCGUAUCGGCAGAUGAAUGCGUACUUUGACGCGGACGCGGCGUCAAAGGCACACGACGGCCGCAGUCUCAAGGCGGAGCGACAGAACCAGAAGCCGAGCAAGGCAGAGGUCAAGGCUUUCAAGGAAAAGCGGCGCGCGCGCAAGGAGGAGAAGCGCAGGGCGUGGCUGCGGGACUGA